AAUUAAACUAAUCCCAAAAGUUCAGGCUUUGUUGCUCUAUAUAUAAUACUCUUUGAAACCACCCUCAAAGAAAUCCACACAGUGAACAAUGGCUUCUCUAGACCUCUUGCAAACACUUGCAAUCCAUAUGUAUCCAAGAAGGCUAUUACUACACCCUCUAUACACACUACCAACUCCUCCGAACUCACUGGCUUUAGCUCCAACGGUUCAAAGAAACAGCGCCGGUGCUCAACCAGGUAGCAGCUUCGACGCAAAUGUUGUAAUGAUCCUUGCCGUGCUCCUCUGCGCGCUGAUAUGCGCGCUGGGGCUGAACACCAUAGUGCGCUGCGCUCUACGUUGCAUGGACCGAGUUGGGCUUGGAGCGGACCAGGCUGAGCGAGUCACAAGGCUGGCUCAGUCCGGGUUGAGGAGAAAAGUCAUAAGGGCUUUGCCAGUGUUUGUAUUCUCAGAAGGGUUGAAGAUUUCAGAGUGUUGUGCUAUUUGUUUGUCAGACUUCAUGAAUGGAGAGAGAGUAAGAGUGUUGCCAAAAUGCAUGCAUGGGUUUCACGUUAAGUGUAUUGAUCGUUGGUUGAUGGCGAGAUCAUCUUGUCCGACGUGCAGGCAGUGUUUGUUCCACACUCGGCAGAAGAGCUCCGGGUGUGGUGAUGGACAGCAAGGACAGCAGCAGACUACUCAUUCUGUUAUUUUACCAUUAGAGCCUGAAGGAUUGAUUGUUUCUUAUAGAUGAUCUUUUAUGGUUUGUAUAAUGCUUUGUGUUUUGUAAAUACUCAGCUUUAGUUGGAAAAGAAGAAGGAAUCAAAGAAGAAAAAAAAAUUAUGGUUCAGAGAUUUGUUUUUGGGACCCACUGAAGAUGUGUUUAAUUUCCUUUGUUUUUGGUCUGGCCAAUAGAGAUUGAAAUGAAUGGGAAUCUGAGGGUGAGACCAACUUAACUGAUUCUCAUUUAUCAGUUGUUUUAGGAUCAAAUUGG